AAAUUCAACGUUCCCGCGUAGGAAGGUUCCCACCAGUAACGCUGUGCUCAAUAUACAAAUAAAACAAACAGUUGCCUACAUAGCAUGAAAUCGACAAAACAUUAUCAUUCGACAUUUGUUAAGUACAUAAUGAAUCGAAAACGCACCUAUCCGCCAUGUUUUAUGUUUCUGGCGAAGUUAUCAAUUUGGAGAGUUGACAAGACCAAGAACCUUUUAGAGAGGAUCAGGUAAACAUAAUCCUGGACCUGCUGUUGUUUGGUCACAUGUGACUACAUUUCAACAUCUGGACACUAGAUGGCGCACAUGUCUCAGUGGUGAAAGAGACCACAAACACAGCGAUGCCAGAGACAACGCAAGAGACGUGCGCUUCGGCCAAGGACUCUCCUUUCUUCAUUAAGAACCUGCUGAACUGUGAUAGCAAACCGUCCAAACCCAAGCCCGUGCUGGCUGCCACCAAGGCCGCCCUGGAGGGAGGAUUUUCCCUUUCCCAGGUCGGAGACUUCAACUUUCCCCGCUUUGACCUGCCGGCACAGAGGUUCAGUCUACCGGCUCACUACUUGGAGCGCACCUCGGCGUGGUGGUACCCCUACACCCUCAGCUCCUCCGCCCACCUGCACAGAACCGAAGUCGCCGACAAACUAGCAGCCAGAGACUCCUCUCCAACCUCGGGCACGGACAGAGACUCGCCAGACCUGGUUCUCAAAUCCGAGCCGGACGUCAAAGACGAGGACGAGGACGACGAGCACAACAACAGCAAAAGUGGCGACGAGAUAAUCCUGGAGGAGAGUGACACAGACGAAGCCAAAAAAGACGAGCUGGAGGAGUGGAAGAAGAGGGACGACGACAAGAAGCCGUGCCGCAAAAAGAAGACGCGCACGGUUUUCUCCCGGAGCCAGGUGUUCCAGCUGGAGUCCACCUUCGACAUGAAGCGGUACCUGAGCAGCUCGGAGCGGGCCGGCCUGGCCGCGUCCCUGCAUUUGACGGAGACGCAGGUGAAGAUCUGGUUCCAGAACAGGAGGAACAAGUGGAAAAGGCAGCUGGCCGCGGAGCUGGAGGCCGCCAACCUGAGCCACGCCGCGGCGCAGAGGAUAGUCCGGGUGCCCAUCCUGUACCACGAGAACUCGGCCUCGGAGGGCGGAGGCGCCGGUGCCAACGUGCCCGUGAGCCAGCCGCUGCUCACCUUCCCGCACCCGGGCGUCUACUACUCCCAUCCCAUCGUCACAUCCGUGCCGCUGCUCAGACCGGUUUGAAAAUAGCUGAAAAAUCAUCUGAAAAGUAAAAAAAAAAAAGAAGAAAAAAAAAAGAACUUAAUAUUUUUUUAAACUGACUGAAUGAAGAAAAAAAAGAAAGAAAAGAGACACACUGUCAGGCCUACAUGGACCUAUUUUGGCAAAUAUAUUGUGUCAUUUUACAAAAGGGUGCCGUUUACACGUGAUCCAAUUCAAAUCGCAUUUUUAUAUUAUUAUUAAUAUUAUUAUUAUCACCUCAGGAGUCCACCUGCUUACACUGCCUGAUGAGUGUCUUAUUUUUUUCCAUAUACUUUUUUUUACACUGUUUCUGGACAAGCCAACUGCUCUAUUUUCUCUCUCUCUUUUUAACCUUGUUUACAAAACUCGGCGGCCUCGAGGCGCAGGCCUGCUUAUCAUUUGACACCAUUAUUUGAUUUUAUUUACAUUUUCCAGAACUCAUAACGCGAUGAUGUGCAAUACACUGACGGUGUGCUGUGAAUGAAUGACUCCACUAAACGGGAAACAUGUUUUGUCAUCUAUUAUUGAUGAGGCUUUGUUGUAAUUUCUCUUUUCGCCCUUUUUUAAAAGACAAUCAAGACACUGUCAGCUGUAAAAUACCAUGUAGCUUUAUGUUUAGUUUUAGUGAUCCUCACUCUUGUGCCCUCUUUGGACGCGUCUUUCAAGCACAAGUGUGAGCUCCCAAUGUCUCUGAAUCUACUUUGUGUUUUUGAACAGGAGCGGCAGAAAUAUCGACUACACUGGUGUAAAAAAAAUCUGUAAAUGUAUAUAUUUAAUGAGGCACGAGGAGAGGAGCUGCCACUUCUCCUUUGUACAGUAAAACAACGUUUUGAUAUUGUAUUGCUGAACCAUGUUGUGAAAUAAAUGGAGAAUAUUCCUUA